AGUCCAGGAGCCUGCCAGCUUAUAGCCGCUCUGCCUAGGCACUAGCGUGAAGGGACAGCGCGCUGCGCGGCUACAGGCAAACGUCCUGACACAGUAGCGGGCGACGUGAGCGGCCUGGAACCUAGCGAGCACCAUGAGCAACAAAUGCGAUGUGAUCGUGGUGGGGGGCGGCAUAUCAGGUAUGGCAGCAGCCAAACUUCUGCAUGACUCUGGCCUCAGUGUGGUGGUUCUGGAAGCACGGGAUCGUGUGGGAGGCAGGACUUACACAAUUAGGAAUAAAAAUGUUAAAUAUGUGGACCUUGGAGGGUCUUAUGUUGGACCAACCCAGAAUCGUAUCCUACGGUUGGCCAAGGAGCUUGGAUUGGAGACCUAUAAAGUGAAUGAAGUUGAACGUCUGAUCCACCAUGUGAAG